AUGGCAGAGUUCAAGAUUGAUCCAAAUGACUUUUCCAGGUUUGCGGGCCUCACAAUCCUGACUACCACUUACAAAACCGUUUCGGGCCACCCUAUCACCACAGACGUUCUCAUCCCCAAGCACCUAACCGAAGCCUCAACAGCCGCUCCCAGUCCAUCGCCGGUGCUUCUUCGUUAUCAUGGCGGUGGAUUCAUCGCCGCCUCUAGUCUUUUUCCAAUGUUCUUCCAGCCUUGGUACAUUGAACUCGCUCAGCGCCACUCCGCCGUUAUCGUUAGUCCCAACUACCGUUUAGCUCCGGAAGCCUCGAUAGAGGAGCUCCUCGAGGAUAUCGAGGACCACUGGAAGUGGCUCCAUAAAGAAUUACCUUCCUAUGUACAGCAACAAACCAACGGCCGCGUCAGCAUCGAUACGAGUCGAAUUCUUACGGCAGGCGACAGCGCUGGCGGGUACCUCAGUUUGAUGAUGGGUCUCUUGCAUCCUAAUGAGAUCAGAGCCUGUGCUGCGGCCUACCCCGAAAUCGACCUGAAGGCCACGCAUCAUACAGAAGGCUCCAAAGGGCCAAUUCUAGGUCUUCCGAAAGUUCCCUUUAGCGUCGCAGAAGCCCACCUCAGCAAGGUCCGCGACGGCUCUCUUCCUGCUAUCAUCUCCGCAGACCCUGGAUUCGAGCGGGCGAGUUUGAUGUUCGCCUUUGUACAUGAUGGUCUCUCGAAACACUUGUUUCCUGCCGAGAAGCGACAUCUCUUUCCAUUUGAGAAGCUAGAUGAUGGGGCUCGGUUUCCCCGCGGUGGUGUGUUUGUGUGGCACGGGAACGAAGACACCCUCGUGCCGGUGGAAGGGAGCAUUAGAUUGAAAGAAAAGGUGACCGAGUUGGACCCGGAGCUAGAGUUUCAUUUGGCAUUGAGACCAGGUGAGCAUGGGUUCGAUCACACUACUAAGCUCGAUGAAGACUGGAUGGCCGAUGGGUUCAAGAAUUUGGUCAAAGCUUGGCUGGAGUAA